UCUUUCUCUCAUGGAUCGCUCACUCAUCUCUGCAUCCCUUCUCACUCUUCUUCUAUCCCUCUCAUCUUUUCAUUUUGUAGAUUCCACUACUUUCAAGAUCGUCAACAGGUGUCAACACACGAUAUGGCCCGGAAUACUAAUAGGCGCCAACAGGACAGCACUCACCCCCACCGGCUUCACUCUCGAGUCGGGCAAAUCCCGGACCCUCACAGCCCCCAAAUCCUGGCCUGGUCGGUUUUGGGCUCGGACCCUCUGCUCCAACGACUCCUCCGGCAAAUUCUCUUGCGUCACCGCCGAUUGCGGCUCUGGCAAGGUCAAGUGCGCUGGCGCCGGUUCAAUCCCUCCGGCGACUCUAGCUGAAUUCACACUCAACGGCGAUCGAGGGCUCGAUUUCUACGACGUGAGCUUGGUCGAUGGGUACAACCUUCCGAUGCUUGUGGAGGCGACGGGAGGUACAAGCGGGGGAUGCUACUCCACCGGGUGUGUGGCAAAUCUCAACCGCGUUUGUCCGGCGGAGCUGAGGGUGGCGCGUGGGAAUUUGGGAGUCGCGGGUAGGAGCCCGUGUGAGGCUUUUGGGGAUCCGCAGAGGUUAACAUCACCUCACUGGAAGUCGACCCCGGUUGGAGUCCGUAGCAUUUUUCGUAGUACGCCGGACACGUGUCAGCCGUCGGUGUACUCGCAGCUUUUUAAGCACGCGUGUCCGCGAUCGUAUACCUACGCUUAUGAUGAUAAGACCAGUACGUUUACCUGUGCUGCUGCGGACUACAUUAUCACUUUCUGCCCCUCGAGUCCUUCCAGCUAAAAUUACUUGCUUACCCUUUCAAUUAUUUUGGGUCUUUUGAGAAGUACCAGCUUCACUCUCUUAUUCAAAAAAAAAAAAAAAAAAAAAAAAAAAAAA